GUUCGUUCGUUCCUUCCUUCGUUCAUUCGUUCGUUCGUUCACUCGCUCGCAGGACACUCCUCUCCUACGCUCCUUGACACGGCAAAUUAAUGACGACUCGCUCGUUACGCGCUACUCCGUGAGAUUUCGCAGAUGGCCGCGAGUGCUAUCCGACAGAUUGGAGCGGAAUCGCUCUGCGAGAGGGAUGCAGCCGUAAGGGCGUCGUAAAUUUCUUUUAAACCACUGCGUGCUUGAGUCUGCGGCGUAAAAUCGCGAUUGGUGGGAGACUGAGGGAUGAGUCCGUAAGUUUCCGUGAAGUACCUGCCAAUGUCCUGUUGCGACACCUGUUCUCGACCUAUUAUUGGUAAUGCGACACGUCGCGAUUGUGUCGUCAUAAGAACGAGUGGAAUGUUAAUUAGGCUCCACAGGCACGACAAGCCCAUGCGAUAAUAGGAGAAGGCGUCCAUCCGACAAUAUUUUCUUGCGAGGCGUCCACACGAUGAGUCUGUCUCUCCCUGGAGCAUUGAGCGCCGCGCCGAAUCGGUAACACGAUUCAACCACGGGUCAGACGGUCCUCUAUUAAUUCCUUUAAACUCCGUUACGAGUCGCCAUCAUCUUUACCGGCAGUUCGAGGACGCAGUUUGAUUAAACGGCGGACUAUCUGAUGUAAUAAUUGUCACCUUCGCCGUCGCCGCCGCCGCUGCGAUACGUCGGUCGUUGGCGCGUUGCUUCGAACCGGCGGGACUUAUAGACAAGUAUCGAUUACGAACGGAGAGAGAGAAAGAGAGAGAUACUAAUUUAAUAUCGGAAUCGAACAGCGUUGCGUAGCCGUCGCGGUUCCGGGGUGCUGUACUCCCACGCUCAGUAACAUCGAGGAGUGAUUGUCGGCCGGACGUUGCGCUCUCUUUCUUCAACCCUCGCCUAGUCAGUGAGAGAUUUUUCGGCGGGAAGCCAUGUGGUACCACGUAUUGAUCUCGAUCGUCGUGUUGCUGGCGUCCUUGCUCUAUCAUUAUCACUUCAGCGAGCCGGCCAGCGUUAUCGAUUAUCCCGAGACGCACUACGACUACGUAGUCGUGGGCGCUGGUACGUCCGGCUGCGUGAUCGCGUCACGGCUCUCGGAAAUGUCGAACGUAACUGUCCUGCUCGUGGAGGCUGGCGGAUACUUCGGCUGGCUGUCGGGUAUGCCGCUCUUGGCGCCAAUGAUGCAAGGCACCGAGGUCGAUUGGGCUUACAAGACGGAGCCGCAAGUCUUCUCGUCCCAAGGGCUCAACGACCAUAGACAAAACUGGCCGAGAGGAAAGGGAUUGGGCGGAAGCGGGCAACUUAAUUACCUCGUUCAUUCUUUCGGGAGACCCGAGGACUACAAGCGAUGGCCGAAGGGCUGGUCGCACGCCGAUCUGCUCCCCUAUUUCCAAAAGGUGUCCGAUAUUAUGAACGUGAUCCCGAUACCGGAAGAGGAGUACUUGGCGAAAGCCUUCGUACUGGCUGAGGAGACCCUGAAGUUGGAUAACGUAUCCUUGCGGAAAGCGAUGUACACUGCGAAGAAAGGCGCCCGAUGGAGUACGUACCAUGCGUAUCUACAGAAGGCCUGGAAUCGCAAGAACUUGCAUAUCCUGAUGAACACAUUCGUCGCGAAAGUACUUUUCAAGAAUAACAAGGUGAACGGUAUUAAAGUAAUUUAUAAAAAUGGCUCCGUCGGGAGAGUCGACGUGAGGAGGGAGGUGAUCCUCUGCGCGGGUACCGUCAACACUCCGCAGUUACUUCUUGUUUCCGGCAUUGGACCUGUCGGACAGUUGGAGAAACAUAAGAUCCCCGUAGUGCGGAAUUUACCAGGAGUGGGUCGCAACCUCUUCGAUCAUCUGAACGUGCCGGUCUACGUGAACCUGCGGGAGCGCGUCAGUAUCACGCUGGUGAAACUGCAAACCGUGCCCGAGGUGUUCAAUUAUUUCGCCUUCGGAACCGGAUGGUUGGCCACUAACGGCGUAAUGGGAUUAGGGCGUGCUAAUAACAGUGGCCUUCUUCUCUUCGGAGUGGCGUCCACGGAGGAAAAAUUGCUGAAGGAAAUCUCGAAUUUUGAGACCGAGACAUAUAGGUCGCUGUUUCCAUCGUAUAACGAUAGCAUGCACGAGGGAUUCAUCUACCUCGUGUCAUGUCUACAACCCAAGAGUCGCGGAAACAUCACGCUGAGAUCGACCAACAUUCGCGACCCGCCGAAAGUCAAUCCCGCGUACCUGCAGGACCCCCACGACGUCACAUGUACCUAUCGAGCUAUAACCUUCGCGUUGGAGACUCUCGACACGGUGCUGUUUCGCGAGUACGGCGCGAAAAUUCACGUGCCGGACUUGGAGGAGUGUCGCCAUUUUCGACAGGACUACCGAGACAUUGAUUAUUCGGAGUGCGUCAUGAGGAUCGCGGGUAUCACGAGUCACCAUGCUUGCGGCACAUGCCGAAUAGGCGCGAACAACGACGACGACGCGGUCGUGGACGAGGAUUUAAGGGUAAAAGGCGUGAGUGGAUUAAGGAUAAUGGACGCCAGCGUAGUGCCGUCUCCAAUUUCCGGCACGCCGAAUUCAGUUCUCAUCGCGAUGGCCGAACGCGCGUCGGAUGUUAUUCUGGGCCGCGCGUUUCAUUGAGCCUCGAUCUGUUUAUUGUAUAAUACACGAUUUGCCAAUUAAAGAAU